AUGAGAUUAUCAAACAUCGCUCUUUUGACUGCUGCAGUUUCCUCCGCUAAUGGUGCUGUCGUUACGGUUACCGAGCAUGCUCACCAAAAUGCGAUUGUGAGCGUUGAAGGUAUUGUCUACGUCGAAAACGGCCAAACAUAUACCACCUAUCAGACUUUCAGCCCAGAAGCCGCAACCGCUAGUCAAGCUGGUCCUCAAACUAGCACUUCAAACAGUGCGGUCGAAACUAGCAGCCCAGUCGCUACCACCAUUGAGGCUAGUGUUUCAACAUAUGAAACUUCUGUGGCCACCUCUCAGGUCUCUGGAUCGCUCGUAGCAGCAGCUGUUCUGUCUGAAUCUGCACCUGCAUCUUCUGCUGUGGAAUCGAGAACAACUUUGGCGCCGGUAGCCACUCAAGAAAGCAGCUCUAGUGCAGCUGCUUCCACCACCAGCACAAGCAGCAGCACGAGUGAACCAAUUACUUCCAGUGAACCAACUACAUCCAGUGCACCAACUACAUCCAGUGCACCAACUAGCUCAAGUGCACCAACUAGCUCAAGUGCACCAGCUAGCUCAAGCUCAUCUACUUCCUCUGCGCCUUCUGGAUUUGCUGCUACUAUCUUGGACGAACAUAAUAAGAAAAGAGCUUUGCAUAAAGAUACCCAGCCUUUAUCCUGGUCUGAUAAAUUGGCUUCAUAUGCUCAAGACUACGCCGAUAAAUAUGAUUGUUCGGGUACUUUGACACAUUCCGGUGGUCCAUACGGUGAAAACUUGGCCUUGGGUUACGAUACCACUGGUUCUGUUGAUGCUUGGUACAACGAAAUCAGCCAAUACAACUACAACAGUCCAGGCUUCUCUUCAUCAACUGGUCAUUUCACUCAAGUUGUCUGGAAAUCAUCUACCCAAGUGGGAUGUGGUAUCAAAACCUGUGGGGGUGCUUGGGGUAGUUACGUUAUUUGCUCUUAUGACCCUGCAGGAAACUUCAUAGGCGAGUUCCCUGAAAAUGUUGAACCAUUGGCUUAA